CUUUCCGGUGUUGCGGUGGCCUGCUGAUACGUACCUAAUAUCUGUGGCAUUGUGGCCCCCGCUGUCCAACAUCUCAGUAUUGUCAUUUUCUUCACAACAGUAUGGCGACUCUUGGUGCAUCGUUACGGUUGGCAGUAUUCUCGCUGCUAGUUGCAGUUGUAUUCGGCAGCAAUGGAUCGCCCCACCUGCUAGAUCUUCUGAACCCGUGGCGAUCGGACUGGACCGCACCGGCCGGAUAUGUGUCGAACCGUUCGGAAGCUUUACGGUUUCGUACCCGUGUCGAUCACUACGAUGCGCAGAACAGGGCCACGUUCGAGUUUGAUUACGUGUCGAACGGAGAGUACUAUCGGCCGGGCGGACCGAUUUUCAUCAUCGUCGGUGGAAACAACGCACUGAACGCGUACUUUAUCGAAAAUGGACUCUUUCACGAUAUCGCCCGCGAUGAGGGUGCUUGGUUGUUUAGCAACGAGCAUCGUUACUAUGGCCGCAGCUCACCGGUGGAGAAUUAUUCCACACCCAACAUGCGAUUCCUGAGCGUCGAGCAGGCACUGGUCGAUCUGGUCGAAUGGAUCGAUCAUCUGCGCCGGGAGGUAGUCGGCGAUCCGAACGCGAAAGUGAUUCUGCACGGGCUCGGGUACGGUGGUGCCGUUGCCAUCUGGGCACGGCAACGGUUCCCAAGCCUGAUCGAUGGGGCCUGGGGCUCGACAGCCUCCGUCAUCGCUCGGGUGAACUUUAGUGAGUACGGUGAGGAUAUGGGCGAAACGAUCCGAACGCUCGGUCACGCCGAUUGCUACGGUAUCGUGUGGCGUGGCUUCCGAACGGCCGAGAAUCUAGUCGACGCCGGCCAGUACGAUCGGCUGUCGGAGAUGUUCCGCACCUGCGAACCGCUUCAGGCCGCCGAUCCGCUCACGAUCGAAACGUUCUUCUUCGGGUUGAAGGGUUCGUUCGAGGCGGAAAUGUUCGGCCAGGCCAGCCCCGACUCGGUGGGGCGCAUGUGCGAUGAGCUGAUGGCCGACCCGGCUGACACGGCGCUGGAAGUAUUGGCAAACUUUUUCGAGCGCCGGUACGGUGCAUUUGACUGUGUGCCGUUCGACUUCGAGAGUAACAUUGCGAGCUCGAUGUACGAAGAAGUCGGAGCACCGAACAAUGCUGACUUCGGCAUUAGGCAGCGUUUGUAUCAGCUUUGCACGGAGUUCGGUUGGUUCCUGACAUCGUCGUCCGGUGACAGUCCGUUCGGGACACGCAUCACGUACCGCUACUUUAUCGAUACAUGCCGGGCAGUGUUUGGUGAUUGGAUCGAUCAGGACGUGGUGUACGAUGGUGUCCGGUUGACGAACUUACACUUCGGUGCGGAUGAUCCACGCGUUACGAAUGUGGUGUACGUGAACGCACAGUACGAUCCGACACGGUUCGUCUCGAUUACGAACUACACCAAUCUGCAGGCUAAUGCGUUCGUUACCGAGAAUGCAGUCGUGUCACUCGAUUGGAUGCCGGCCAGUGUGGCCGAUUCGGAUGAUUUGAGGCGCAUUCGACAGGAGAUCGUAGCGUACGUGCGUGGUUGGGUCGCGGGAGGUAUCAUUGGGUUGAAGUAAGCGGAAUGUGAGUGGCUCUCGUCUCUCGUUGUACUAAAACUGAUAUUUUGCAUACCUUCAGGGGUAGAUUCGUAAAAUCGUUCUUUGGAUACAAAUUGGCUGCGAAUUUAGUUUUAGGUUUACGAAACGAAAUUGAAGCAGUUAAAUCAAACGUAAAAGAAAUAAUUAAAAAAACACAAUACGUUUUUGUUUAAUAAACUCUGAUCGCAUUUAGUACGGAGA